AUGACUUCAACUCGCACCGAAACUCAAAAAAAAACCACGGAAAAGCAUUCUGGUCCAGCAAAACUGAAGAAAGAUCCAACUAUAGUAGAGAUUUUUGAAAGCUUAGAGUAUGGUCCAGCUCCCGAGGCUGCCAGCAGUGUUAACGCAUGGCUUGAUGAACAUGGAAGGGACUUCGGGCAUUUCGUGAACGGAAAAUGGGUAAAACCCAAAGGGAGGAAAGUGUACGAAACCAGAAAUCCAGCAACAGGUUGGUAAUGUUUAAAUGACUUAUUACUAGCAGGUAUUCAAAGUUAUGACGGCAGGCAAAAUCGAAGUAAAUGCACGUGAUUUCGCGGUGAUCUCGGCGAGGACACAUCGCCCACAAUGACUUAGGUAGUUGGGUCGAAAUCUUAGAGGUAUAGUCGGAAAAUAAUUUGCCUUUACUCCCUCUUAUAUUUUUUAUAUACAGCUUGAAUUGUCUUGAAAAUAUGAGAUAAAUAAUUCACGUACAGUCAAUUCAAGACUUCAACAAGGUAGCCAUGUGCAGCCUCCUGGUUCAAUUUCCCAUCCCCAUCCCCCCCUCCCCCUCCAGGUUGCCUGCAAGCAAGCACUUUAUGUUAAUUGGUGAGUGAAAUGGGGUUAGGAAAGAAGACAUAUGUGAGCAGCAAGGCUGCAUGUGUAGAAGGUAGGCCUUUCCCACCCCUUGCUCUCACAUAUUUCAAGUGUUACUCGCCCAUGACUUCUUACAACAACCCAGAAUUUGAGAGCUUUCUCAUAGGUUAUCACCCAGGACAAAAAUGGUGCUCACAGUGCUCACCCGCUUUUUCUUACACCUCAUUAUUCCGGACAGUUUGGUUUGUCCCUUGCAAAAGAAAAUCGCUUACUUUUUCUCUGAAUUCAAACUGCUUAUAAUUAUAUGUACAGGUCAAAUGCGGACAUCCCGUUAAGAGGGACACUUUCUAUGGCCCCCUCAGUGUCUUUGUUUAAGCCGUUUGACUUCACUACUUUUCGUAGUACAGGAUGGGUAGUUAAAUGCCUCCACCCUGAGGACUUUAUUGCAAAAAUAACAGCUUUAUAUUACACAUGUAAAAUCUCUCCACUUUGACUUCCAUAAAGGUACAGUUGUACCUCACCCUCUGGACACCUCCAUAAUACAGAAACCUUUCCUUUGUGGACAGUUCUCUUGGUGCUGAAAAUGCCGGGCUUUAUUCAUUUCCUACCUUUACAAUAUGCACACCUCUGUAAUGCAGACAUAAUCCUCUGUUCGUUUGAUGCAUAUUUUAAGAAAGUUUGACUUUUUAGUUAUAAUCUGUUAAUACACUGUAUGGGCACUAAGGGGACCAUAGAUCAUGAUGGUAUGAACAAAGAAUCAAAUUAAUAUAAUGUAUUAUGUCUUUUACAUUAACAGGUACCUGUAUUAAUUAUGCAGGAAAAUUUUGGGUUUUAUUUAGGAAGGAACAAAUCAGUGGGCAUCCAUAAAGCAGGGUUCAAUGUCCCUCACCCCUACUAUAUGUAGGCUCGGCUACUAGCCGCUGGAUGCGAGAGAGUGGCGGAAAUUGAACCUAUCCCAUAUGGUGUUGAAUUCUUCACCCAGGUGACUGAAACACUGUUGCCAAAUUCCCUUAAAUGAGUUAAUUACCCUAGGAAAGGUGGAAGUGGGGCACAUUGAUGUCCUUUAGUUGAAUGAUACAAAAGCAUAAAACGGUAAUGAAAUCAACUUUUCAAUUUGGGAAAAUCCUGAUGAUGGCGGGAUUACUGUUUACAGAGCAUCCGAGAUUUUGCUUGCAAUAAUUAAAUAUACUUUUAAAAACUCAAAUUUCACUGUCACAAAGCUUACACUGUAGCAAUAUUGUUGUAGGUCCAGACCUCCUCCUCACAAAGUAAUGUCUGGGAUAAACAUGUUGAUUUUUUUUUUACAUCAGCUACAAUCCCGGACAAAACUACUUGAGAAAGUUUUCCCAUCGUGUCCACUUUCCUACGCAACAAAACUAUUUCCAAAACGACGCCUUUGCGGAAAGAAAACCCCUUCCCCCAGUUCAAUGUUGCUUCCCACUUGAACACCCAGGGAUCAGGCUUUCUUUUGAAUACACAACAACAUUGCUUUCAGGGGGAGGGGGAGAGGGAAGAACCGGUACAGCUACGAUGUUUUGAAAAAUACUGUCCAAGUAUACAAUUUUCUCAACAGUUUUGUCCAAGAUUGUAGAUAAGGAUUUUCUUAUCCUCUGCAGCAUUCCAACGAUGCUGUCAACACAAGUUAUUUCCCUCUAAGGAUCUGAACUCUACAUAAAAAUGUACAUGUAGGUUGUUUCAGUUCAAGUUCAUACUUUGCCUUUUGGUGUCUUCUUUAAUUCUUAUUUUUAGGGGAAAAACUGGCGUCAACAAUGCAAGGUGAAAAAGAAGAUAUUGACAAUGCUGUUGCCGCUGCAAGAGAGGCCUUUAAAUCGUGGAGUAAACUUCCUGGCCAUGUGCGUGCUCGUCAUUUAUACAGUAUAGCACGCCAUGUUCAAAAACAUGCACGUCUGAUAGCUGUUGUUGAGAGUAUGGACAAUGGAAAGCCCAUCAGGGAGACUAGAGAUGCUGAUGUGCAGAUUGUAGCCAGGCAUUUGUAUCAUCACGCUGGCUGGGCCCAGCUGAUGGAUACUGAGAUGAAAGGUACGUACAUCAAAUUGUUCUCAUUAUAAUAAUAUUACUGUACCCAAAAGAGAAAUCACAGCUAGUUUAAUAGCCCAUUAAGUUAUGGGAAACUGGUACCUAGGGUAAAUUUAAUAAAUAAAUAUGUUUACAAGUGUAAAAUGAGUAAAAUAAUUUUCAACAAGAGAAAUUGCGCAUCUCCGAGCGGCCAUGUAAUGUUCUAUUUAUUGUUGUUAAUGUAAUGAAAGUUUACCUGUUAUUUAUUAGUGGUUACUUACAUUUAAGCAAUAGAAAAAGUUUUCCGUGUUUGCAUAGCCUGAUAUAAACACGAGAGGGGUUGGGAGAAUUCAAGAAAGUUAUGCAAACCCGAGACGAAGUCGAGGGUUUGCAUAACUGUCGAGAAUUCUUCCAAUGCCUCGAGUGUUUAUAUCAGGCUAUGCAAACACAGGAAAAAAGUUUUCUAUUGCUUUUAUAAAAUAACUUUCCCAAAAAAAAACGCAAAACUCUUUGUAUGGGACUGAUUAAAAGAGAAACUCUUACCAGUCGCAAAAUCUUGUCCACGAAGUCUUGCACGCGUAAUCAGUUCUUGUUUUGCAAAAAGAUGCUUUGCAAAAUACGGAUUUUUCUCGCUUAAAACGGUCAGCUUAAGCGAAGAAAAAUGUACACACCUUCUUUGUCACGAUUUUCCAAGUUUCAGCGGACGAAGGAAUGGGUAAAUAAAGUAAACUUUUUGAGUUUUGAACUCGAAAACUUUUUCAAAUUUGUGCUUGCAUGAUUAGCGCGCGAAAAACCAAACAACUUGACGCCACAACCAUGUUUACAUACUCUCAUGCAAACACUCCUCUCGGCCAAUCAGAGCGCGCGUACUAUCUUAGUUAUUUUCUAAAUAAUAAUAAUUUGGUAAUGUGUAUGGUACAGUUCCUAACAUUUUAUUGUAAUUCCUGUUUAGACUGGAAACCUGUGGGUGUAGUUGGUGCCAUUGUUCCAUGGAAUUUCCCACUGAUGUUACUCUGUUGGAAAGUCUGCCCAGCUCUCGCUAUGGGUAACACAGUCGUACUCAAACCAGCCACUUACACUCGGUUGUCUGCCCUCCUUUUUGCCGAGAUUUGCGCCGAGGCGGGACUACCACCUGGUGUGUUUAAUGUUGUCACAGGAAAUGGUGCAUUUGGCAGUGCUCUUGCUGCACAUCCAGAUGUUGACAAAGUAGCUUUUACUGGCUCUACGGAGGUACUGAUUUUGCACUUUUAUUCUUUGUAUUUUUUUCUCUUUCUUUUGGAAACUACUGUCAAACCUUGUUAACACGGACACUGAGAGGGCCAUGGAAAGUGUACGUAGUAACAGGUUGUCCAUAUUAAGUGGGUUGAAUUUAGAGGUAGUGUAAAGGCCGAUUUAGACAGUAUGAUUUUUGGUUACGACUAUCAUGCACCAGUACCAUGCGUCAUGACUUCACAACAGAUCUUGUUCUGUAAAUUAGAUCUGUGACAUUCGUACAACACAUUGUGGAUGUCGUAAGUGAAAAUUGUGCACAUGUGGAUGGUGGAAAGUCCUGACAUAUACUAGUCGUGCACGAAAGUCGUAAGCAAAAAUUAUAUUGCCUAAAUCGGCCUUGAGAGCUUUCUUUUCCUGGGAACAAAGCAAACUGUCUGUAGUUAUGAGGUGUCCUUAAGGCGGUUGCCAUAAAGCUGGGCUUGAGUGUACUUUAUUUAAGUGUUGAAUUUAGCUUGAAAAUACCAUUUGUGGGCACUGUCUUUACAUAUACAUCUGUUGUAAGUGCCAUGUCUCCAUUGAGUUAUGCAAGACCUCCGUUCUUCAGUUUUUCAAGGCAAGCAUGUUUUUAAUGUAAGAAUUCAAACUAUGACGUAAUAAAACAGUCAUUUGGAGUCAGCUUUUGUAUGUUCUAAAGAAUUAUGUAGAUCUCAGAGGACAUGUUGUCCAGCCUUGGCAGAUGACACUAACCGAGAUCUGCAUAACUUACACAGGGUCUGUCUAUCAAGUACAGUACUGGUACAGAAAAAGUGUCACUCAAAUAACAUGAUGAAAUUCCAAUAAUUUAGUGUACUAUCAAUGAUAACUUGGUAAAAGUACUCUCAGUAAAGGAUAUCGUGUUUAUCUACCGGUAACCUGCAUUAUUGAUAAGUACAUGCAUAUUAUCUGCAUCUGCAUCUGCAUCUGUAGGUAGGGAAAGUCCUUCGCCGUUUGACGGCAGGAUCAGGCAAGAAAAUUUCUUUAGAACUUGGAGGCAAGUCACCCGUGGUGGUGUUUGACUCUGCUGAUUUGGACAGCACAGUGGAAGGCAUUGUAGAUGCCAUUUGGUUUAAUCAGGGACAAGUAAGUAUCUUUACAGUACAUGUGUACCUAGAAUGCAGUCAUGGUUUUCAAUCAAGGAGACUGAACCCAAUCAGUUAUUGCCAGAUUACAGUGUUAUAAGCAUAGGCAACUUCAUAACACUCAGGGGUUUUUAAUGGUUUGCCGCACAAAGGCAUGUGGAUUUGAUACCAUGUGACCCUAAACGUAUCAAUCAUGUGCAAUAAUGAGGCCCAGGGAUUAGGCAAGGAUUACUAGUUGCUCAUUGGCCGUUAUUGGUUGGUUUACUGAUAGUCAAUGGCUCCGCUUUUCUGAGGAACAUGUACAGUUUAUGUGUUUAAUCUUGAACUUUGCAUUUUAGGUUUGCAGUGCUGGUUCUCGGCUGAUUGUUCAGGAGACCUGUGCUAAGCGUUUGAUANGUGUACCUAGAAUGCAGUCAUGGUUUUCACUCAAGGAGACUGAACCCAAUCAGUAAUUGCCAUAUUACUGUGUAAUAAGCAUAUGCAACUUCAUAACAGUCAGGGGUUUCAUUAAGGUUUGCUGCACAAAGGCAUGUGGAUUUGAUACCAUGUGACCCUAAACGUAUCAAUCAUGUGCAAUAAUGAGGCCCAGGGAUUAGGCAAGGAUUACUAGUUGCUCAUUGGCCGUUAUUGGUUGGUUUACUGAUAGUCAAUGGUUCCGCUUUUCUGAGGAACAUGUACAGUUUAUGUGUUUAAUCUUGAACUUUGCAUUUUAGGUUUGCAGUGCUGGUUCUCGGCUGAUUGUUCAGGAGACCUGUGCUAAGCGUUUGAUAGAAAAGAUCAAAGAGCGCAUGACACAUCUUCGACUGGGGCACUGCCUUGAUAAGGGUAUUGACAUGGGAGCAAUUGUUGACCCUUCCCAGAAGAAAUCCAUUGCUGCUUUUGUUGAAGAGGCCAAGAAGCAAGGAGCCGAAGUGUACCAAGCCUGUGCAUCAAUGCCGGCAGAGGGCUCAUAUUACCCACCUACUUUGAUCACAAAUGUACAGCCAGUGUCGAAGAUUGUGAUGGAGGAGGUACAAUGAGAUUCAAAAAUGAAUUUAUUUAUAAUAUCAAUUAUUUUGUGGCUAAAUCCGUGGGCAGGCGAGUGCAAGAGAAACCUGUGUUCUGAUUGGCCACCCGAGUGGGCGAGAUAGGCCAAUCUUCAGUUGCUCGUGCGGGCUUUGCCGCGGUGAUCUCGCAAGAAAAAGCUUCUUUUUGGCCAAAUUAUAAAUCCUUUAUUGACCAAAAUUGACCGAUAGUAUUUUAUUUGCUCUGGUCAUGUGGGCAGUCUCUCUUUUUUCUCCUCGGUCUGCCGCCCUCGUUUUUCGCGUCUCGCGGCUUCGCCGCUCGCGAUCGCGUGCACUCCCCUUACUAAAUCUGAGAAAGAGAGAGACUGCUCGUAGGAUAUUUGACUCGUUCUUUUUUGUCGUUCUAUUGACCUCGACUUCUCGGUCCAUAAAAACGCAAAACUCGUGCCCGAUGUCCAGCCAUCUUGACCUCACGCUUGGUCAAUAAGCAUAAUGUUAUAUGGCUGGAAAUUUCUUUCCCAACCGCGCGCGCUCUCAUUGGUUACUUCGAGGUCACAUGACAUCUAACAAUAAAACCGUUUCCUAUCAAAAUCUCUGAGCUGGCAACAUUGCAAAAUCUAUGACGUCAGAGGGUAACAUUGCACCGUUACCCGCGAAUGUUGACCGACGACCGCCGUUACAGCGAGGUUUAAUGAAUUUUCAGCCAUAUAACAAGUGACUGGUCCCUCGGGAAACAGUUAAUUUUGUUUCCCUCGGGACCAUUCAUUAAGUGUUAAAUGUUAUAUCUCGCGGCCUGCGUGAAGGUUUGUAAAGGACCACCUCCCAUAAAUGACAAGCCACCCAAAGCAACAUUUUCCUCGUCAAAGCGAUCAAGUAGAAGUCUCUCGUAAACGACCAGCUCGCGACCAAUUUUUGGGGUAAGGGUUUCCGAAAAAUUUUCCUUUGUUAUAAUUACCCCUUGUAAGCAGUCACCUGACCGACGCAUCAGUCGUCUGAUCUCCAUGGUUCCCUUAUCUCCCCAGAGUAUAAUUUUGACGAAGUGGAACUACAGAAUGCUAUUAGGGAGAUUUAUAGUGACGUUUACGGCAAACGGCAAAUGUCUUAUUCACGUUAGGAAUUUCUCGAAAAUAAUAGAAAACGUGCAUUUAAGGAAGCUCGACUGGAUUUUUCUGGGGGGAUACCUCCCAAGUUUGAGCAUUAACUAUGUCGCCUGCCAUGAAUAAAGAUAUGGAAAAAAAAGUUACCAUAACUGUAUUAUAUAAAGAUGAAAAUUUCUUAUGAGUUGGGUUUUAUUGCAGUCGGAGUCGCCAUGGCAACGUAACGACGCCAUCACGUUUUUUAUUUAUCUUUGUGUUUCUCUAUACUAGGAGUUUUUUUAAGAAAUCGCUUAAAGGAGUUUGUACCUGCCUUAAUUGCCUCAAUUAUGGCAAAGUUUGAACAAACUCUGUGAGAGCGUUUUCGAAAUAUUUUGAAGCGAAGUUUUAAGCAUCAUAAAAACAGUGAAAUAGCAAGCUAUCCACACAAUUAGCUAAUGUUUUUAAGAAAAUGAUAAGCUCUAAAAACGCGGCUUCAUCUCAUAGUAGUUUGAUUCCAUUGAAAACUGUGUACAAAAAGAGAGGGGAAUUCCUCUGGGCGAUCGCUAGUAAGAAGAAUUUUAUUAACUUGCAUUCAGCUGCUUUUGUGACAGGUUUUGCACGUAAUUUGGUCCAUGCCUACAAAGCUCGCAUUUUUAAAAAAACCGCUCGAUAAAUUUUUUUAUAAAUUUGACAAUCCCGAGAUCAAUUGUCAAUAAAUAUACCCUGCAAGUUUCAAGAACAUUGAAAACAAGGAAGGCUUUUAAAUAGGGCCUCAAAUAUGACCAAUUUUUCCCCCAGAUUUUGUGUUUACAAGUGAGCGUCCUCAUUAUUCACUGGCAUUGUUUUCAGGUUUCAAAUGCACGUGCACAUUUGGCAAAAAGAAAUAAAUAUGCAUCAAAAAGAAUUCUCGAUUACUUUCGGAAGAAAUAUCCGGAAUAUGCUAAUAAUUGGCUUGUGUCACAGAUGGUCACAGAUAGCAGUGAGAGCCGAGAAGGUGAACGUCACGGCUCAUCUUGUAGGAUGCAACACUUAAUUAUCUUACUCAGGUUAUAAUAUCACAGAAACUCUUACAAAGGUAAAGAGUUUCUUUACCCGGUUAUUAGCAUAUUCCGGAGAUUUAACGGAGGGUCCUUUUUGAUGCAAAUUCUAUCUUUUUGCUAAAUGUGCACGUGCACAUGAAACUUGAAAACAAUGCCAGUUAAUAAUGUGGACGCUCACUGGUAAACACAAAAUCUGGGGGAAAAAUUGGUUAUAUUUGAGGUCCUAUUUAAAAGCCUUUCCUGUUUUCAAUGUUCUUGAAACUUGCAGGGUAUAUUUAUUAACGAUUGAUCUCGGGAUUUUUAAAAUUAUAAAAAAAUUUAUCGAGCGGUUUUUUUAAAAAUGCGAAAUUUGUAGGCAUGGACCAAAUUACGAGCAAAAACUGUAACAAAAGCAGCUGAAUGCAAGUUAAUAAAAUUCUUCUUACUCGUGAUCGGCCAGAGCAAUUCCCCUCUUUGUUUUGUAGGCAGUUUUCAAAGGAAACAAACCACUAUGAGAUGAAGUUGCGUUUCCAAAGCUUAUCAUUUUCUUAAAAAAUCAGCUAAUUGAGUGGAUAGCAUGCUAUUUCACUGUUUAUAUGAUGCUUAAAACUUCGUUUCAAAAUAUUUCGAAAACGCUCUCAUAGGAUUUGUUCAAACUUUGCCAUAAUUGAGGCAAUUAUGGCAGGUACAAUCUCCUUUAAGCGAUUUCUUAAAAAAAAACUCCUGGUACAGAGAAACACAAAGAUAAAUAAAAAACGUGAUGGCGUCGUUACGUUGCCAUGGCGACUCCGAUUGCAAUAAAACCCAAAUCAUAAGAAAUUCUCAUCUUUAUGUAAUAAAUUUGUGGAAACCUUUUUUCCAUAUCUUUACUCAUGGCGACGUAAUUAAUGCUCAAACUUAGGAGGUAUCCCCCCCAAAAAAUCCAGUCGAGCCACCUUAAAACAGUCCAAAACAACUUCUUUAGACAAAACUAACGUGAAGCUACUAAUUUGGGGGUAGAAGUAAUGAGAAGUAUAACACAAGUUAAGGGAAAACGUUUUUAUGUCAUACAAAUUCACGCUUGCCGUAAAGGUGACUCUAAAUCUCUCUAUUCGCCCCUUUGAGGUUGUGCAGGAGACCGGGUCGAGAUGGUUGUCAAGUGCAUUGUGGGACGGUUUUGGGGGACGCAUUUUCAACAUGGCGGCAAAUUUGUGCAACAGUCCCACAAUGCACUCUGACAACCAUCUCGACCCGGUCUUCCGCGCAAUCUCAAAGUGGCGAAUUAUCUUGAUCUCUUCUCGGAAGACACCCCCUGUCGUUUGGUUCGAUUCCGUUAACACUUAUGAAUGGAGUACAGUAUCUCAAAAUUUUAUUGCUGAUUGAUGUAUGAAUCUGAUUCUUUAUAUUUUACAAGGUGUUUGGCCCAGUACUGACCGUUCUCACGUUUAGAACAGCAAAAGAAGGAAUAGCUUUGGCCAACAACACCAAUUACGGGCUUGCAGGAAGUGUAUGGACUGAAAACCUGUCUCUUGCAUUAGAAGUAGCGUUGAGUAUCAAGGCUGGAUCAUUGUGGGUCAAUGGACACAAUAUGUUUGAUGCUGCAGCAGGUUUUGGAGGUUAUCGUGAGAGUGGAUUUGGUCGAGACGGUGGCAAAGAGGUGAGGAGUAAAUCACAGUCAUGCUCACAGGCUCACUCAUCUCGCAAAAUAACGCGUGAAACAGCUCGGGACGGCGGAAAAACAUGACCGAUGACUAAGUAAACUCUUCGCUCGAACUUUGCUAAAACAUUUGGGUUCAAAUCUCUAUUUUGGAAUAAUUUGUUGCCGCCUACUUCGGGACUGGCUGAACCCGAAAUACAUUAAGUAUUGUUGCUAAUGUAAAUUAAAAUGUUUCUCAAAUGUACAUAUUUUGCUUUCUGUAAGCUUUUCAGACACCAAUUUUGCUUCUGGCGGAGCUUUACCUAUACAGCUGUAUGUGAAGUUUAGCUUACAUCAGUGUGCAGCAAUAAGCAAACAAUAGCAACUUGAUUCGAUGAAAAGUGACGCGAUAUUGUCUUUGCAGGGAAUUAUUUUCUCCCCCUUUCAUUUUUUCCAAGGAAUUAUUUUCUGUUUUCCAGAAAAUGAAAAAAUUAACUUUCUUCCCCUUAAAGAAGGGGGGCUUAUUUGAGAGGGGGUGGGCUUGAUUUACGGUAACAGAGAACUUUAGAUUCUAAGACGAGUACGACAACGAGUACGAGAUUUGAUUUAAAGCUUUUUCACGUAUUCUCAAAAUAUAGACUCCCCAGAAAGCUUCAUUUUACCAUUUUUCACUACAAACAUAAGCACUGUCACCUGUAGUGAAGGAGGUUGCACCCUCUCGCGAUCGCAAAAUGAUAAACUUCUAACAGUUGAUUACUUGUUUUCACCACUUCGACAUUCUUGCAAAAACUCGUAGUAGAGUGACGACGGCUACCACUUUUUCCCGCCGAAAUGACGCUGGUUCACGCGCGAGCACUACUUAGUAUUGGGAAAAUCUCGCACUCGUUGUCGUACUCGUCUCAGUAUCUAAAGGUCUCUAAUGUGUACAUCAACCUAACUAAAAGAAACCUCAUAUGAUACAUUUGCUUUUAAAUUUCUAAUAUGACACAACCAUUUUCAAUAGUUCAGGUGUUUUUCUUUUGUUGCCUUUGUUUCCAGCAAAGAAUCUUGAUUCCUCAGAAUAUUUACAACCCAAAAAGGUGGAAAUAAUAUUAUCGUCCAAAAUAGCAUCACAAGAGCAAUAAUGUUUGUAUUCAGACUUGAUCGUUUUCAGUCCAAUUUUCCAACAAAAUUGAGUUUAGGUUGUGUUUACACUACGCCGGAUAGCUUUUGCGGAUCAAUUUAGGUUUUUGGGAAACUGACCACCUAUCCCUCCGCUAAGCCAACAUUUUGCCCUAAACGAGACGUGAGUGUUAAUGUUGACUUAGGGGAGGGGUAGGUGGGCAGUUUCCCAGAAACCUAAAUAGAUACGCUUCUGCGCCGCCACGUCAGUAAAUCAUACCGGAUAGCGCUUCUGUUCAGACUCAAAAAUGGUUGUGGCGGCGCCAUUUCUGUGACAGAGCGAAGCUGCGCUGCUCUGAUCUGUAAAGCGGAGAGUCGCAUAUCGGAUAGGUGUUCAUACUAUACCGUGGGCUAGCUUUUCGUGUCGGCACGCAAAGCUAGCCCACGGUAUCAUAGUGUAAAUAUAGCUUUAGAAUUUGUUCUUGACAAUGGAUGUUAACCAUUGUUUUAACAGAAGGAAUUCUCCGUGAAUCCUUUAAGCUAGUAUUUGUUCCCAGCUUAAUUACGUGUACUAAAAUGUUAAAUUUUGGUGACAGGGCUUGUAUGAAUAUGUCUGCCCAUCAUGGCAAACCAGAGCACGGCCAUCUGUGGAGGACUAUGAUGUGAAGUCAUUUGGAUCGACUGUUCCUGCGAUAGUGAUGAAUCCAAAUUCCAAUCCUGUGAAACUCCCGGAAAUUGCAUCAGGAAACUUAGGCGAAAUUAAACCUCCAAGGUAAGAAAGAGGUCUUCUUAUGUUAUUGUUCCCUGUAUACAGUGACAUGGAAUUUAUACUUCUUAGUUAAUGAAGCUAGUAUAAGGUCUUUUAUCAAGGGAAGUCUUGCAGUCAGAGUUCAUGAAUACGGACACUCCUGCAAGUAUGCCAAGUGUGGGAAUCACCGAGAGGUGUGUGAAGUCUGUAUGUUUGUUUGUUGACGUAGAAAACUGCCCGUAAAACAGAGGCCUCAUUAAGGAAAGAUUCAAUUGUAAUUGGUAUGUACUAAGGCUUUAUUCGUUUACGGUGGUUACAAACCUGAGGAUUUUCGAUCGUACUCAUGAUGCGAGCCCAAAAACCUUGAACGCUUUGAUUUUUAAUGGGUCAAUUGUCUAUUCACCAAUCAGACUUGACUUGUUACACAGUGAAGUUAGCUUUCUUCAGGCGGUAGCAGUGACAACACUUGUAGUUUUUUCUUUCUUUUUUUUUUUUUUCAGUAUUGAUCAUACUUACAAAGUUUACAUUGGAGGGGCUCAGAAGCGACCGGACGGAAACUACUCUCGACCCGUACAAAACCCCUCAGGGGAGGUGAUAGGACAAGUGGCUGACGGAAACAGAAAGGACAUCAGGGAUGCCGUGGAGGCCGCACAUAAAGCAGCACCAGGGUGCGUGUAUUGUUAGGGAGUAGGAUGUUUAAGGUUUUUUUUUUUUACACUAUACCAGGGCGAUAGCUUUUCGUCAGUGCCGACACGAAAAGCUAUCGGUAACUGGCCAGAAAUUCUGGAGUUUAAAAUUAUAAGAUGAUUUUUUUAUCACCCCUUUCCUUAGCUGGGGCAAGAGAGCCGCCCACAACAGAGCUCAAAUUGUUUACUACAUGGCGGAAAAUUUAGAGCUGCGACGCAGUGAGUUUAGUCAGAGACUGUGCGAUAUGACAGGCUGCUCGCAGGAGGAGGCCAGCAAAGAAGUCGAUAUCGCAAUACAGCGGCUNUUUUUUUUUACACUAUACCAGGGCGAUAGCUUUUCGUCAGUGCCGACACGAAAAGCUAUCGGUAACUGGCCAGAAAUUCUGGAGUUUAAAAUUAUAAGAUGAUUUUUUUAUCACCCCUUUCCUUAGCUGGGGCAAGAGAGCCGCCCACAACAGAGCUCAAAUUGUUUACUACAUGGCGGAAAAUUUAGAGCUGCGACGCAGUGAGUUUAGUCAGAGACUGUGCGAUAUGACAGGCUGCUCGCAGGAGGAGGCCAGCAAAGAAGUCGAUAUCGCAAUACAGCGGCUGUUUUACUGGGGUGCUUAUGCAGAUAAAUAUGGAGGUACUGUACAGGUAGGUGUGUGAAUAAAGCAACUAAAGUUAAUAAGAAUGCCCUGUUGCACGAAAUUUUUGCGGGAGUUUAUUUUUGCGGAUUGGCGAUUUGUUGUGUCAUGCGGGGACCAAUUUUUACGAUUAGGACAGAUUGGUUUUUUUUUGCUGGGAAUUAAUAUUUGCUAUUUUCAGAAAUUACCCAGUAUCCAGCAUUGAUAAUAUUUUCGUUUUCGUUUUCGUUAAAUACGUGCAAUAGAAUACAUACUCUCAAACAAUACUAUGGUUUGCGUACCCUAUGUAAAACCAGCAAUUCAUUGCAUACCGUUUUGUUUCUGAAUGAAAGAGGCACGAUUUCAGACAGACACCAUUUCUUCGUAAUGUCUUGCUUAGCGAAUUUAAGGUAGAGAAUAUGAUUAACUCUGGAGUAAAUUUUUGCGGGAAAAAUGUUUACGGUAAUUUUUAUUCGUUGGAACUUAUUUUUGCGGAUCGCUUGAAAAUCGCAAAAAUCGCAAAACUUUCGUGCCACACGGUAGGUACAAAAUGUAGGCAUUAAUACAGUAGAUGGAAAAUGAUAGUCAGGUUGUUUAUAGUCUUGAAUAGGACUUAUAGACAGUGGCUGAUGACAAACUGUUCGAUGGUCAUCUUCCGAGUUAAAUAUACCUAAAUAUAACUACCGCGCGGGUUGUCAUUGGUCACUCUACACUAGUCCUAUUCAGGACUACACCCACCCGGACAAUCAUACCCCACCGACAUUUAUCAUGACUCCUGGGUUCAAACCACUCACUAAAAAAAGGUAGACAGUUAAUUCGCAUUUGUAUCAGUUUGUUCAGUCGGUCAACUUACCGACUGCCUUGAUUAACUCGCUACAAUCUCUUCCCUGGGUUUUUUGGUAAGGGACACUCCCUUUCCGAAGUAGUUCAGGUAGCUGGUAUCAUUUAUCAGUGUGCGUGCUGUAGUGGAUAGUCGGAAUUAGGGCUGGAAAACCCUCUCCACCCAAAUUCCUCAAGAAUCCCCCUUGGGUGUCAUUGAUUCUUCUUUGGUACGUGGGGGUAUGCUGAAAAUAAAACCAACUAAAAUACUUCAACCUUUUGCGAAGACGUUCUCAACGGAACUUUCCAUAAUGUUAACUAGCGAGUAGAACGGUGAGUUUACCAAGUGGUAGGCGAGUUGCUACGUUGCAAAAACAAGUUGAUCAUGGUCACGUGUUUGUGGCAGGAAACCGUCUACUUGCCAUUGAACUUGCAUGUUCUCCAAGCAACUUUCCAGGAGCCACUUUAAGGCCAUAUCUUAAGUAUUCUGCAGUCAACACUCUCUAAGACGGAUACCUUUGGGACUGGUUCUAAGUGUCGGUUUUCGGGAGAUGUCCGUCUUAUUGAGAAUAAAGAUUUAUUUAUGUAUUUAUUUACCAGCUUUUCUGGACACAGACCCAGCCCACGAACGAGACUCAGGUCCCAUUUUAGGUGCCAUCCUUACCCAAUCCCACAACCCGUAAAGGCUGGCCACACCACCGGGUCUACGACCCCUACUCUUUUUCGAAUAGUGAUGUGCACAAGAACAAAUCAGAUAGGCAGGGACCUGCUCUAGUGUCCGUUUUACAGAGGUGUCCGUCUUAUGUAGGUGUCGGCUGUAUUGUUUAUAAGUCAGUAGUUAAGAUACAUCUUAAUUUAAGGGGACCUCGUGAAUAUGGCACCAUGACCAAGUCUUAUAGGCAAAAUCUCAAAGCUGUUGCCCCUUGUUUAACUUUCACAUGCAAAGAUUCGUUUCCGACCGCGGCAGGAUUAGCUCAGUCGGUAGAGCGCUUGACUGCAGAGCGGGAGCUCUCGGGUUCGAUUCCCGGGAGCGGACCAACACUCAGGGUCUUAAAAUAACUGAGGAAAAUGAAGGUACUCCCUUUGCACUGCAAGCUGCUGGACGUACCUUUGCGUGACUCGGAUGACCACGUAAAAUGGCGGUCCCUACUGGAGACGAAAAAAAUAGUGUCCCCAAUUAAUACUUUCGUGCUAAAUACAUUGACACUCAAAUAAAGCGCUUUUUUAAACUCGCAGUAAUAUGUUUUGUUGGCUAACCAUGUACCUUUUCUUCUUGGCUUUUAAAUUUUCCUCUCUCUCCCCUCCCUAAGGAAACGCCGUUCUAUGGUGCUACAGUUAAGAUCCAUGAGCCUGUAGGGGUGAUAGGCAUUGCUUGUCCUGACACGUGUCCCUUACUAGCCUUUGUGUCACUACUGGCGCCUGCAGUCAUCCGAGGUAACACUGUUGUUAUCGUACCAAGUCAGAAACAUCCCAUGAUUGCUGUGGAUAUGUACCAGGUACCAAUCAUGUCCUUUUUAUUUUCUGAGUUAUUCUGUGCGUUAUUGCUGUUUUUUGAUUGUGGACAACUGAGUUCAAAAUUUUUCUGUGCUUUCAGGUGAUCAUAAUUAUCGUUUUCUUCUUUAAUUAUGAGACCAUAAAAUAAUAUGUUUAUUCGGCAACAGGAAGUUAUUUUUUCCCGCAAUUAUCCAUUGAAAAUAUUCUAUAAUCGAUUAUCAUGUUUAAUUUUUUCGGCACACCAUUGCUGUGUAUGAAUACUCGAAUAAGCGCCCAUCCUAUGGCCUAAAGUUUGAAACAUGCCUCUUCUUACUCGACCUCUUUUCUUUUGAUAACCGACAAAGGCGGGGUACUAUGUUACUCAUGUUUAAUCUUAAGCGGAGCUUUUGUUUUUACGAUCAUGUGGCUUUCUCGUUCACUGCAUCAUUGGGGAGCUUAAGCAACAACCACGACGACGGCAGUAUAAACAUCACUGAAAAAUGAAUUUGCUUCCUUUCAAACUUUUUCGCGUCUAUUAGGACCCGCUCAAUUUGUCAAGUGUAGGCGACUUUUCCUGGAUUUAAAUUCUUAAGGACUUUAUCCAUGUUCAAAGAGAGAAAGGAAAAUUUUGUCGUCGUAUGUCCACGUCCUCCAUAAAACGUCGCAUUGGGAGGUUUCACGUCGUAGUCGUGCAGUGGACGUCAAAGAAUUGUACUAAAAAGCGUGAUGCACGUGCAGAGCGGUUGUUUUGCUCAUAAAACCAAUUGUUUUUUGACGCUGUCGUCGUCGUCAUGGUUGCUGAAGCUCCCUAUUACAGUACAAGUAACGCUAACACGCGUUCUAGCUCAUUCUGAAACAUCUCGAGGAUGGUCCGGCUCCAACACUGAAAAAAUGUCCCGGCAGAUAUUCAAAAUCUGAUCCUCAAAAUUUAACAAAGAAUGUUUGCCGUGGAUUUAUUAAAAUGGCUGACAGUUUCAAUUGUUACUGCUAAUCCCGAUGGUAAGUCGCCGAAAAGGAGGGCCGGAAUUACUAACACGUCUUCCAGUUUUUCAACUCAAACUUGAACGCCGGAAAUAUUACCCUAUGCCUUAUAGGUGAUGUUACACGGAACGAUUCGCAAUGACGAAUUUUAGCGCAGCACAGCGUUGCAAUGUUGGAGCAAUGUUGUAACCAGUCGAAAAAAUGUCGCAGCAAUGUUGCCACGCUGCAUUGCGCUAAAAAUCGUUGUUGCGAAUCGUCCCGUGUAACAUCACCCGACGGGGGUUAGCGGUCCAUUUUGCCGCGCUUUUUGCGAUAACUGCAGAAUUUUAGGUUACCGUUUGUGUUAAAAAAUUUUUACAAUGUCUCCGGCAAGGUUCGUUCGUUCGUUCAAUGCGGAACAUUGCAUAUUUUUUCUCGCUUCCUUUCUGUAGAUUUUUGACACAUCAGACUUGCCCGGUGGUGUUGUAAACAUCGUCACAGGGGACCGCGAUCACCUAACUAAAUACCUGUCCGAACAUCAGGACGUUCAAGCCAUGUGGUACUUUGGCUCAGCGGAGGGAAGUAAAUUUGUGGAGUGGUCAUCAGCAGUCAACGUGAAACGUACUUUUGUAAACUACGGUCAGAGCCGAGACUGGCUUGACAACUCUCAGGGGCAGGGUGAGGAGUUUUUGUUCCACUCUACCGAGUGCAAGAACGUAUGGCUUCCGAUGGGAGACAUCUUUGCCAAUUAGUCGGCUUGUAGGGUGACUGCCCACUUGGAUACGCAUGUCAGCUCAUUGCUGUAGUUACAACUGAGUUACAACUGAUUGAAUAAGGGUGUGAUUGAAAACUGCUGAUGAUACGUAUGAUAACUCUCCCAAGGCUUUUCUCGAACAAAAAGAAACGAGUAAGGGCUAGGGAGAGGAGGGAAAGUGGAAGUUUGAAGAGGAAAGAGGACAUAAAUAACUUUCGGGAAUAGGCCACUUCCGAGUUCCAAAAACCCUCACUUUCAAAAUGAGGCCAAGUGCACAACCUUUCUUGUGAAAAUGAGUUUUACUUGCAUGCGAUUGAAAAACAUUUCCAUAUCAGAGGCUGAGCACUUAACCUCGUUUUGAUACAGAGGCCCGGGAGAACUCGGAAAUGACAUAUUGUUGGUUUGCACUUGACGUCACGGCGGCCAUGUUGACGAUCAAGAACUAAAGCAUCUCCCUCCUUUGACUAAACUCCAUUUUCAUGCAAAUUCUUCAUGAAAUAAUUCUGUUGUAUUGACCACCAACAUGGCCGCCUUGUCACGUGGCUGCAAACCAAGAAUGUCUUUUCCUAAUUCUGGACGGCUUAUGAUUCGAUCAUGAUAUUUACAGCUUCGAACUGAGUUAUUUUAAAACACGAGACGGGUUUCAGUAAAAAUAAAAAAUGGGCAAAGUAUCUGAUACUGGGGGAUGAUUUACAAGAAAAGCGCAUUCCAAAAAUUGCAUUGUGCACGAUUUUUUUGCCCUCGCUUCUUUGCAUGAGAAAUUUCAUUCGUUCGCAGCGCUAAGUCGUCAAUGUUUUUCUUUCGUUUUUUUAUGGUCUUUACGUUAAUAAUUUAUAAAAUGACCUAAUGCAAGUUGAUAUACUCAGGGGAAUAGAAAUAUCGAUUAUGAACUUCCAUGCAGCAUAUAUCUUUAUUUCCUAAUUGUUAUGUUGGUGUGUAUGAAAACUGUUGGUCACUAUACUUUCACUCGUUGGGUAAACACUCAGGUUACGACAACAUAAUCACUUUUUUUUUUUUCAUUUGCUACUCACUGUAAAACUCAAAGCAUACAACCAAGGGGAUGUACUUUUUGUUGUAAAGUAGUACCUUUUUGGAUAAUGUGUUAUAAUUUCUGCAACGGUACAAAUUUUAAAAGAUGGUACUGUAGGGUAGUGAUUAACAUAAAUACUAAAUAAAUUGACUAGUUGUAGUAAAUUAACUGGUGUUCACAAGAAAAACGAAGGGAUAUGUCUCUACAGUCUUAAUCUUUGUAGUUAAGCCUGAAUGUAUGAUUAAAAUUAUUGAUACAGCGGAAACGACUGAAAUAAAUUGACUGAAAAAAACAACAAGAUAG